GGGAAGUUGUUGGGGUUUGUUUGUGUGUAUGUUUACAAGGUAUGUUGAAAUGCUUAGUUGCGGUUGAAGAUUUCGCAUUAAAACAUAAGUACUUAAACGAGAGUUUUGCUGUGGUUGCCAUGACAACACAGAGUUUCAUGCCAGACAUGCAGGCUCUGAGCAAUGUGCAGCAAAAUUCUCCAGUCCCAACACAGCAACAAUCCCCUCAAACCAGUAUCAGUCAAACAAAUCACAGUCAAUCAAAUCAAGCAACUCACAGCCAAACACAGACAUUAGAUGUUCGGACCCAGACAGCAGUCAGCUCCUCUCUCCAAUCUCAGGGUAGUCAAACCUCCCAGAAAUCGCAGCAGAGUCUCCAGGGUACCCUAGGAGGAGCACAGGUGGUCGUGGCAGCUCACUCCUCUCCCAUCACUCAGUCACAGCAGCAGCAGGCCGAUGCUGUAGUACAGGCCUCACAGUCAGCUCCCCCUUCGCAAUUUAUUGCUGUUGCAGUUUCUGAGCAUGAUAAUCCUGGUGAAAGCAGUGUUACUUUGCAACCUAAUCAAACUGUUCAUCCAGCCUAUGUUCAGUACGUGGAAAGCACAUCAGAGCCUAAUAUCUAUGCAACAAACAAUGGCCAAAUGACUGGCUAUUCAGUUUAUAGUGUAACAGAUGCUUCUGCCAUGUAUACACCUGCUACAGCCGCUGGUUAUUAUUCUGGAGGGAAUGGGACUCCUGUCACUUAUUCUCAGUUAAUGGAAGAAGGGAAUGGCUACAAAGUCAUAGAAGCUGAAGCUCAUCACAAUUUGGCCCCUGUUUCAGCUGCUGUUGCCUUGACCAAUAGAAUAUCUCCUGUUUCUGAGGAUCCUCGUGGCAAAGUAGGGGACAUUAUCUCUCCUUUCAGCAAUGACCAGUGCGUGAUCCAGACCCUGCAUAGUCCUCAUGAUACCUCUCAACUGCAACUAACUUCUCAACAGAACCAGGGGCAGUCACAGCCCACACAUCAUUCUCAGCAUCAAAAUGUCCGAGACAUGGAUAUCAUACACGUACAAUGGCUUAUUGAUAAUUAUGAAACUGCAGAGGGCGUCAGCUUACCAAGAAGCACCUUGUACAAUCAUUACCUGAGGCACUGCUCUGAACAUAAAUUAGAUCCUGUUAAUGCUGCUUCUUUCGGGAAAUUAAUUCGCUCAGUUUUUCUGGGCUUGCGAACCAGGCGUCUCGGAACAAGAGGAAAUUCUAAAUACCAUUAUUAUGGCAUUAGAGUCAAACCUAAUUCUCCUCUGAAUCAAAUUUCUGAAGAUAAUUCUGGACUGCGAAAUCAAACCCUGAACCAAAUAAAAAAUCGCUUCAAGUCCAACUUGCCAGCAAAAUCCGAAAGCAAUGACGAAAGCAGCACAUCGAGCACAUCGGGAGUAGCUAGUCAGACUGAGAGUGCUCCUUCUCAGCCACCACCACUUCCUCAACAUCAACAUCAGCAGUAUCUGGGCGACGCAUCCACAGCCAUCCCUAAUUUUAUCGACAUUGACACUCGAAACUUCCCAUUGCCUGAAGGAAUAACUAUAGAUCAUCUUGAAGCAUUUAAACUAUUAUACAGAGAGCAUUGUGAGGCUUUCUUAGAUGCAGUAGUCAAUUUGCAAUUUACAAUGGUAGAAACUCUAUGGCAGUCUUUCUGGCGGACAUAUAAUACUAAUAUAGGAAGAAGGGAACAUGAGAAGAUUCUAAGCAAAAGCAGAUUCUUUCAGUUGUGUAAACAUGAACCUGUUCUGCAUUUCAUGCGAAAAUCAGAUUAUCAAUUUUAUCAAAACUUAGUUGAUGUUCUCAUACCAGACGUUUUACGUCCAAUUCCAAGCUCCUUGACCCAAGCCAUUAGAAAUUUUGCAAAGUGCUUAGAAUCCUGGCUUUCAUCUGCCAUGUCUGGCUGCCCAGAAGAAGUGGUUAAAGUUAAAGUGAGUGCAGUAAGUGCCUUUGCCCAGACCCUGCGGCGCUAUACUUCGCUGAACCAUCUGGCGCAGGCAGCCCGAGCCGUCCUUCAAAAUUCUUCACAAAUAAGCCAAAUGAUGGCUGAUCUUAAUCGGGUUGACUUUCACAAUGUUCAAGAACAAGCAUCAUGGGUUUGUCAGUGUGAUGAAAGCACUGUUCAGCAGUUAGAACAAGAUUUCAAGAUAACUUUGCAGCAGCAGAAUUCCCUUGAGCAAUGGGCACAGUGGCUGGAAGGUGUAGUAGACUUGGUUUUGCAACCAUAUCAGGGCAAGCCAGAUCUCCCCAAAGCAGCGCGGCAGUUCCUCCUAAAAUGGUCAUUUUACAGUUCCAUGGUAAUCCGUGACUUGACACUGAGGAGUGCUGCCAGCUUUGGAUCCUUUCACCUGAUUCGACUUUUGUAUGACGAAUAUAUGUUUUAUCUCAUUGAACACAGGGUAGCUAAGGCAAUUGACGAAACACCCAUUGCUGUUAUGGGAGAGUUUAUUGGCCUUGGAACCAAAAUGAGCACCCUAAGCAAUGACCUUGUAAUCAAUUCAAAGAAUGUUGGCCUCUGUGGCAACACCAAUAAGAGUGGUUUGGAGAAUGGGUCUCUGAGUGAGUCUAACUGCAGCAGCAUCUCACAGGACAUGUACAGCAGCAAUGCUGCCAUGACCAAUGGCCUGAAAGAAGCUGCCACUCUGCAAGCAAGCCUCAUUGGCCAACCACAAGUGCGAUUCAUGAGCGAGGCCAGCAACAGUGAGCCCAUCCCACAGCAUGGCAAGAAACUUAAGGUCGUUUGA